AUGACUGAUUUGUGUCGCCUGUAUCACUUCUUGGGAAUUCAAGUCUCCCAACAGUCUCAUGGUAUCUUUCUCUCACAGGCACAAUAUGCUAAAGAUAUCAUUGCCCGGGCUUCUAUGUCUGCAUGCAAACCAUGUACCACCCCGGUGGAUCUUUCGUCUAAACUCAGCGAUACAGAUGGUCCUUUGUUUUCUGAUCCCACCUUGUAUAGGAGUCUUGUAGGGGCCCUACAGUACCUCACCUUUACCCGACCCGAUAUUUCUUAUGCCGUUCAGCAGGUGUGUCUAUUUAUGCAUGAACCUCGGGAUCCUCAUUUUGCUUUUAUGAAAAGAAUCAUCCGAUAUAUCCAGGGCACCAUUGAUUAUGGUAUACGUAUCAUAAAGUCUGCUUCGUGUUCUUUGAUAGCUUACUUUGAUGCUGACUGGGGUGGUUGCUCGGACUCUCGGCGUUCCACAUCAGGAUACUGUGUUUUUCUUGGUGAUAACUUGAUCUCUUGGUCCUCCAAAAGGCAACCCACAGUUUCACGUUCCAGUGUAGAAGCCGAAUACAGGGGUGUUGCUAAUGCAGUGGCUGAAGCAACCUGGCUGCGAAACCUUAUGCUCGAGUUACAUACUCCUCUUCAGCAUGCCUCGGUUGUUUACUGUGACAACGUCUCUGCAGUGUAUCUAUCCAAUAAUCCAGUUCAGCAUCAGAGGACGAAGCACAUCGAGAUAGACAUACACUUUGUUCGAGAUAAAGUUCGUGUAGGUCAUAUCUGGGUUCUUCAUGUGCCUUCUUCAUUGCAAUAUGCGGAUAUUUUUACCAAAGGGCUCCCACGACAGCUGUUCUAG